CUCAUUGUCUCCAUCUUCAUUGAUCGUGAACCGAGCCAGGGUCUGUUGGGACUGAUAUCCACGCGGCUGUCAUCUCUGAUAUUCUCAUUCGGCUUUUUUUUUGACUCGAAGGGUGUCUUUACAUAUUAAAACCAUGUCUCAAGAUAUCCACCGGACCGUUGAUCCAGCCAUCCUGGCCGAUAGUACCCCAGAGAAUAGCGACGGAGAUUCGAUCUACACGGUCGAGUCAGAUUUGACCUCGAUUUCGUCCAGCAUCUUAAAUUAUGAGUAUAAGAACGGCCGGAGGUACCAUGCCUACCAAGCAGGCUCCUACGUCCUUCCAAAUGAUGAGGAAGAGCAAGACCGAAUGGACUUACUCCACCAUAUUUAUAACCUCGUGCUCGACGGCCAGCUCCACUCCGCCCCGAUCGGCGAGCAUCCUCAACGCGUAUUAGAUCUGGGCACGGGCACGGGCAUCUGGGCAGUGGACUUUGCCGACCAUUAUGCAUCUGCCGAUGUGACCGGAAACGACCUUAGCGCAAUCCAACCGAAAUGGACCCCUCCCAACUGCCAGUUCGAAGUGGACGAUUUCGAAGCCGAGUGGACAUAUUCGCGCCCUUUCGACUACAUCCACGGCCGUGAGCUUGCGGGCGCUGUAAGCAACUUCGGCCGCCUUACUAAACAAGCCUACGCGAAUCUGAAACCCGGUGGCUACUUCGAAGUGCAGAGCUUCCGCAUCGAGGUCUUCUCGGACGACGGCACCCUCGACAAGGCGCCCUACACCAAGCAAUUGGUCUCCCUGCUGCAAGAGGCGAGCGCCAAAUUCGGAAAACCCAUGGCCGAGAUGGACAGCUGGCCCGAGGAACUGGCCAAAGCGGGCUUCAAGGAUGUGAACUGCAGAGUCGUCAAGGUCCCGUUCAACCCCUGGCCCAAAGACCCCAAGCAAAAGGAGAUUGGCAGAUUCUUCCAGGUCCAGCAGGCACAGGGCAUCCAGUCGUAUGCGCCGGAGCUUCUGACCAAAGUUCUGGGCUGGUCGUCUAACGAAGUUGCCGUUCUGGUGGCCCAUGCGAAGAAGGAACUCCGGGAUACGUCCGUUCAUCAGUACGGGAAACUCUAUCUGGUCUACGGACAGAAGCCGUGAGUGGAUACCUCGGCGGUAUUCAGUGUGACCAAGUUUCCCAAUAGGGCCCAUAGCGUUGUGUCAUCAUAUUUUACCGGACGGUUAUGUGUUUAAUUAAGGUCGCUGCGUUCUAUGUUUCAUUAUCGGAGUUCACCUAUAGUUGAUGUACAUAUACAUGUACUGCAUUUUCAGAUAUGUCAAACGCUCUUUUUGCAUCUUUGUAUCUAACUCUCGCUGUUUUUACUGAAUCAAUUGAAUCAAUUGAGCACGCCCUGGG